UGAUUGACAACGGCUUUUAGUUAGAAAAUUGUCUGAAUAUGAACGUUGCCAAAUUUACGAUUAACAAGUGGUGUUUCAAUAGAAAUGGCAUAGACUGAAUUUCAAAAUUAAAGCGACAUUAUUUUUGACCUUAAGUGUACCCACGAUCGUACAUUGUGUUUCACACUAUACUGACCACUUGACAUUGACAAAUGACAUGAUUGUUGUAAACAUAACCUAUAAAGAUAUCGAGUUAUUAUUAAAUAAUACCAAAUAAAACACAAUGGAAUCAGACGACACCACCUCCCUCGAAGCGACCAACCCCUCAACCAACAUAACUGCCGACGAAAUUGACGAAGAAACAGCCAAAAAACUCCGUGGAGACGCAAUAGGAAACACCAUGUAUAGCGAAGUCUUCGUUCUAAACACCCUAAUUCAAUUUUCAGACCUCAAAUGGAGCGAAGAAGUUGAAAAUAAUUUGUGUUUUUUAUGGGACAUGACUGAAGACACAGACGUUUGCAAGUAUUUAUUUCAGGCAUCGUACCCCAAGUUGGCAUGUUCAGCUAUCGAUAACUACACGGAACCACGUUUCAUCGAAAUCGUCGUCGGUAUUUUCGCAAACUUGCUAUGUUCCAAGUGCGAGAAGAACGUGACGGAGGAGGAAAUUAAAACUGUUUUAAAUUUAUUGAGUUCUAAUGAUCCGUAUAUUUUAAUUCAGGUGAUGCGGUUUAUUCACGCUGCGUCUUUUUUAGUGGAUAAGUGGGAGUUUUUUGAGGAGGAACAUUUAGAUAGGUUUGAUUUUAUAUUGGCUAGUUCUACAAAUAAGGAGCUUUUGGCGAUAGCGUUAAAGGCGUUAGUGUCAAUCACUGAAGGGAUGAAAAUAAAGGUGGAUAUUUUAAAAGGGGGGUUGUUGGGGGCUGUGGUUGCAGGAUAUAGGACUUUAAGAGAUGAUUGUGAGGAUUUUGAGGUGUUUGAGGUACGAGAAAGACAUGCUAAUGUCAAACAUUUGAUUUCUUUUUUGUGCAAUCUGUGUGGUUAUGUGGAUGUUUUAAAUAGAAAUGAACUUGCAGGAGAAGUUAGUCCGUUGUUACCAGAAUUUACCAAUGAAGUCGCGCUUUUGUUGCAUUGUUAUGUGAAUGAAGACAAUUUGUUACCUAUGGAUGAUGAAUUUAGAUUUUAUAUGGAAGGUUUAACUUAUAUUUAUAGAGUUUUAAAAGUAGGUUAUCUUUCUGCAGUAGCGAGGGACGUGUACGCAAUUUUUGCUAUUAUUUAUAAUAAGGACCGUGCUAAUUUGGACGUUGUGGCAGAGUUGUUUUGCUAUUUUAUGGCUGUAGGAGAUUUAAAAUCGUUUCAGGACGAUUUCGAAAAUGUGUCUCCAGACGAGGUUAAGGAAAUUUUGUCGUAUCUCGAGAAACGCAAUUUUCAGUUUGAAUUUGUCUAUAUUGAUAAGUUAAGGGCGAUUUUGAACGAAUUGUAACUUAUUUUUUGAAUAUAGAUUUGAAUUUUGUA